UGCUGCCCAUUAGUGGAGUCAACUGCUCUGUUGAAACACUGACUUUUUUUUACAGGGAAGUUUUCUAUCUUGAAACAAUUUCCACCUCUAACAUGACCUCUAAUUCCAAUUUAUCUAACAUGCGACGGCUGGUGGAACAACUGAAGCUCGAGGCCAGCGUGGAGAGAAUUAAGGUGUCCCAGGCGGCUGCAGAGCUCCAGCAGUAUUGUCUGCAGAACGCAGGCAAAGAUGCCCUGCUGGUUGGAGUCCCCACAGGCAGCAACCCCUUCAGAGAACCGCGUUCCUGUGCUGUAGUGUGAAGAGGAUGAAAAAGUGGAAACCACAGUGGCAUAUUACUCACUGAAGAAAGGACUUCAAAGUUGUUUUUAACCAUUAUUAUGUUAAUAAAAACACAUGAAAAUGAGGUUUUACAAUUUACUUUCCAGAUAAAUGUCUUGUUUUACUGCAUUAAUGUACAGACAAAGUUGAUUUUUUUUAACACAUUAAAGGGCUUUACAUAAACUCA